UAAUUUUAUAUUUCCAAAAUCCCAUAGACAAAUAAUUUCUCUAUGCAAAAUCCUAUAGCUUUUUAUUUUGUUUCCGAUAAUAACUAAUUUGUCCUGUGCAAAUUGAUUAUAGGGUUUCCCAUAGACAAAUAAAUUCUCUAUGGGGUUUCCUUUUAGGAUUUAAACAUUUAAGUUGGAAAAAUAAUGUUUUAUUUAUUGUUAUCUUCGAAACAUUCAUCAUUCAAUUUAUGAAGGCUUUAUGAUUUUAUUACUUUGAAGAAAUUGCGUUAUUCCCAAAUUGUAUAAGGUUCUUUGAGGUAACCGUCCUUUGGUUUUAUAUGAUUUUGUUGAAUAUAUUAGUAUUUUAAUGAGAGAAAGCAGUAUGUAUUCUUUCUUGUAAAAAUUUUCAUUUCGAUGUUUCUCACAAAACGGACGAUCUGACUACAUCUUAAUAAUUAUAUACCUUAAGUGUCCAAUUCCAAUAAGAAGCUAUAACCUUAGAAAAGUUCGGUAUUACCAAAUAUGGAAACACAAUGUACGAUAUUCCCAGAUUCAUCUGAAAAAUAUGUGAGUAAUCACAACAGAGUAAAGUUUGAAUUAGAAGGAAUGGGUCAAGAUGAGGAUAAUGAUGAUGAUAGGAUGGAAAAAUUAUCAUUUGAUCAUGAUACAACAAAUAAUGAAGAUAAAAAGACUAAAAUCAUGGAUAUUGUCAACCAGUUCACCACUAAAAAUGGAAUAAAAUUGCCUCCCGAAUAUCAUACAGGUGAAAUUAAGAAAGAUUAUAGUUUCAAUGAGAAUAUUACAUGUGAAGAUGUUGUAAAAAUUGAGCCCUUGAGCAAUGAACAUCCUGCUGCAACAGAUGCUAUCAAUAUCGAUGAACGGAAACAUAAGUGUCAGUUUUGUGAUUAUGCAGCAAAACAGAGUGGAAACCUUAAAAAGCAUGUAGAUGCUGUUCAUUUUAAAAAAAGAAAACAUAAAUGUCGCCUAUGCGAGUUUGCUUUUGCUAAUAAAGGGCAUCUUAAGAGCCAUGUAGAUGCAGUUCAUUUGAAUAAAAAAAGAAAAAAAUGUCACCUAUGUAACUUUGCUUCUGCCUAUAGACGAAGCCUCAAAACGCAUUUAGAAGCUAUUCAUUUAAAUAAAAAAAAACAUAAGUGCCCCUUUUGCGAUUAUGGUGCUAACCAGGAGAAAAACCUCAAAACGCAUAUAGAUGUUGUUCAUUUGAAUAAGAGAGAACAUAAAUGUCAGUUUUGUGAUUAUGCAACAAACCAGAAAGUACACCUCGAUUAUCAUGUGAAGGCCAUUCAUUUUAAUUUACGAGAGCAUGCAUGUCACCUAUGCAAGUAUGCUGCAGUUAACAAAGGAAACCUCAAAAAGCAUAUAGAUGCUGUUCAUUUGAAUAAUGGAGCACAUAACAAAAAAUCAAAAUGUUAACAAUGCAAAUAUGCUGCAGCUGAUGAAGUGAAUCUUAAAAAGCAUAUAGUUCAUUUUAAAAUAAAUGAAAUUAAAUGCGACUUAUAUACUACUGCUAUAAAGAUUGAUUGCGAAGACCAUAAAUCGGAUGUUGAUUUGAAUGAAUGAAGCUUCAGUUCUUCUAUUUGAUAGAAAUCAUAAUUAUCACUUAUGUGAGUAUGAUACAAACAAGAAAGAACAACUUGAAAAAAAUCACACACCACUUUUGUACAUUGAGUCUUCAAGUGGAGUAUGUAAAGAGGAUAAAAAAAUGUAAUUAUCCAAAUAAAAAAAAAUGCAAAAUAUACAAUUGAAUAAAGAAUUGAUUUCUC